AUGCCUUUAAGCAACGGUGCGCCAUCUCGGCUCGAUAAUCUUCGCAGGGCUUUGCAGUGCAACAAGGAGCCGGAGGCGCCGCAGCUGCCAAAGCGUGCCUCGUCAACUGCUCGAUCGAAGGACCUCGGCCAUCGCUCUUCCGUGUCACGUGAGCCAUCCGUCGACGCCGACGCAAUCACAAGCCAACAAGACGGUGAUUGGGAAGCAGAUGAAGUCUAUGCCCCGACAAUGUCAGAUCCGGUCAAGAACCUUGAUCCGAAUAGUGAUGUUGUCGCUUGUUUGUGCGAUCUCGAAGCAAGAGUGAGUGCGGUUGAAACUUUCAUGAAGACCCAAGAAGAAGCGAACGAGGCUUUGCGGCGGAGCAUGGAGGACCUCCGCACGCGGGCCCCGCAGGUCGCCAAACGCUCGAGCCGGAUAAGCAAAUGA